AUGCAGGGCACUAUUUCUGCGAGUUCCGGCUCCGAGCCGCUUCUCGACGAGGCGCUGAGCAAGAAGCAAGGACGGACUGUGUUUCAGCAUCUGCCUGAGAGUCAUUUGGCCGAGGAUAUUGCGUUGGCUACUAAAAUCACCGUCGCUUACAUUAUGGCCCUUGCUGAUGAUCCGAUUGCCAACGGUGAUGGCGAUUUUAAUCACUAG